AUGGGCCCUCUCUUUCGCAAAAAACUUAGAAAUCGAGCAACUCUCUACACAUCGAUCACCACGCAGCACAAACGCACACGGUGCACCAGACUGCGGCAGAGCAACAUCGCUAGCAACAGCAACAGAGACGCGACCCACCGCCCACAGGCAACCGCCAGCGAGCACACGCCCGCAUCCUCGAGGAUCCAGCGCACGGCAGCGCUGAACACACGCGCUUCGCAUCUCGCCCACGAUCCCGAGCACGGCCGCAUCGCCACCAACCCGGACCAACGAUCUCGCACCAUUUCAUCACCCAGGGACGACGCCUGGAUGGGGCUCGCCCUUGAGGAGCUGCUGGAUGGUCUCCAGAUGGGGCAUCGGCCCCGACCUUCACUCCUCGCGCCACUCAGUGUGGCCGGAGGCCGCAGACAAAUCCCGUCCGCGGAGCAGCUAGACGUCCCGCCGGAUCACCGAUUCGGCCCAAUACGGGUGGACACCACCCCACCACGACCACGGCCAACCGAGGCCGCUCACACGCCUGCCGACCAGGGCAAGCAGCCACUCGCGGAUCAGGGGCCGGAUUUGGUCCCGCUGCGCGCGGCCACAACCCAGCCUCCAGCGACUCAGGCCACCCAAAAGCAGGCUACAGGAGGGAAGCCAUCACCACGGGCAGCACCUCGGGCAGUCGGCUCAUCGACGCGCCCACACACCGGUCGGGUGUCCACGACGCCUGCCGGCAAUCAGGGGCAGCCACCACGGGAAGCACCGCGAGCAGCCGGCCCAUCGACGCGCCCGCACACCGGCCGGGUCGCCACGACAACUACCGGACACGAAACCCCAUCAUCAAGGGCGGCGCCGCGAGCGGCCAUCACUUCGGCACGCUCACGCACCGGCCCGACUCCAACAACGCCUGGGACACGCGCAGUCCAGGCCAUAGCACCGCUGGUCCCGUCAGGGGCUGCAGCGGCACCAGAUCCAGACGGCGAGGUGGAAGCGGCGCUACGAGAGUGCCUAGGCGACCUUCCACCCGACGUGCUGGAGGAGAUGGCCCACGGGGCAGAAGGGUUGGAUCUGGAGGACCUUUUCGGGGAGUGUUCCGACGAGGACGGAGUAGAGCUCCCAAUGCGCCCCGUCUCCAACCAAUCCGUCGACGAGCCACGAGAGGCGGAUGAGAUCAUCCAGAUCUCCGACUCCGACGACGCCGAGCCAAAUUUUAGACCGCCGAGCACCCCGCCGCCGGCGUAUGAAGACAUUUUCGGGCCGGGUCCAUACGCCACCCGCUGCCCGAUAACCACCUGCGCGGCCUCGUCACCGAGCCAGUCACCGCCGACCACGUCACGCGGAUACCACGCCGCCGUCGCCCCUCGCCAGGUGGAUGGGCCAUCGACAAGCCAACACUUUGACUUAACGACCGACGAGGACUCCGCCGACGAGAGGCCAGUCGUGGCCGUACCAAGCCGCCCCCCGCUACCAACACCCGGCGAAUACGCCGCUGCAGUGGCUCGACGCAGGGCUGAGGACCUGAGCGACGAGCUGGGCUCGUCCUCCGCCGGGCCGGUCCGACCAGUCAAUCCGGAGCCCCGUUCGGCCAGGGACCGACCACCCACACCACCACCGGCACGCCGAGGCCGCCGACGGAGCGCGCCCUGGGCGGAUAGUCCCAGCGAAUCCUCGUCCGAGGAAGAGUUGCCCCGCGAUCGCCAAGGUCACACCCGCUGGCUACCCGUUCCCGACGGCUGGAGCACGCCCAACGGCACGCUACCCGUCGGGCUCAUCAGUCGGAUCCAGCAGCGACUUCUAAUAGCCAGCCGAAGGGCCCGACGCUAUCUGGAGGAGGAACAGGGUCAGCGAUUCCGGGUGCAGCUGAACCGGGACGACCACGUCCGGGUCUUCCUACACCCCACCCGGAAGUAA